GUGUUCCCCGGCCGGGAGCUGCCAGCUCCCCGAGCCCUGGGGACCAGGGUGGAAUCUGCGCAAAACAGAUGCAAAUCUGAUUUUUCCGUGCUGGCAGCAACGCGAGCAUCAAGCCUGGAGCCCCUGUGUCUCUGUGACACGGUUUGGGCAUCGCCAGAAGGAGCGGCUCCUCUCUGCCUUUGCGAUUUGCAUGACAAAAUUUGGAGAGGUUGCCCUCAUACCUGCUUUUGUAACGCUGCUGGCUUAGAGAGCUGUGGGGAUAGGGAUCUGACGGUAAUUGACAACUUGUAAAAAAACGCGAAGCAACAAUGCUGUAUUGGAACAUGAGGCAUGAUUUAAUGACGUAUUCAUAAGUAUGUCAUUAAAUCGCUUUUUGUUUUUAACGUUGAUAAAAUUUGGCUUGUGAGCUGGGAGAAGUAAUACUUAGAAGAAAAUUCAAAGGCACGGCAUUGAAGUUUAAAUGAAUAAAAUACUUUAACAAAAUUCUUGGGUCAUUGUAGAAACUAAAGUGAUUUUACAGGUAAAAAGUUGUAACCGCCAUUAUAUUUUGUGCCACUGUAAGCAAACCACCAAUGUAUGAAUUUUAUUUAAAAAUAUUUGUGGGUGUUUCUAUAGAUAUACUUAUUUUUCUUGUGUAUUGUUUCCAAGGUUGUCUGGCCUUUCAUGUGGAUGGCUUCAGAGAGCAUUUCAGGAGUAGGAAAACUGGAUGAAGUAAAUUUUACCUUGCUUAUCCAAAUUCGUUUCAGACUUCAGACAUUAGUGUUUAAUGACAACUUAUUGGGAUGUGUAAACAGGAAUGAAGUGGAAGUCAACUGAAUUCUCUCGUGCUCUGCUGAGACGAAAUGACAUUCAUGUUUGUGGUGAAUGGAAGUCAUGGCAAUGUCUAACAUGGGAGGGAAAGACACGAAUGGACCAUGUGGCGUGACUCGUUCAGACUGCAGCUCUUCUGCCUGCUUAUGGCAGUGCUGGCUGUUGUGGUCCUGGUCCAUAAUUUUUUUCAGUUAGAGCCCAAAGUACCAACCACUGAAGAACCAACUGAAAACCAGAAACUUUCUCUUGGGAACUUACAUUGGAAACAACAACACCUGGAUGAUGACACAGUUUCAGGAUCGAAUUGGAUAACAGAAAACAAUGUCCAGCAUUCUCUGUCACAGACAGCCAAAACUACCAGGAAGCCUUACUGUGGGUACACGCAGCAGACCUUGUCCAAAAGGGAACAAGCAGAGCAGGAAUCGUUGCUUGCUGCAAUACAGUGGCCAAAGCCCCCUGAUGGCAAAAUCGCCUUUGCACAAAGCACUGAUCCCACACACAGUGACUUUGUGAUUGUGAAACCCAGCAGGUUCUUCAAGGUGGGGGAUCAGUUAGAGGUACUCGUUCGUAUGAAGGAUUUCCAAGGAAAACCCAAGCAGUAUGGUGGAGACUACUUACAGGCACGAAUUCACUCUCCUGGGCUGAAAGCUGGAGCAGCAGGAAGGAUUGUAGAUUGCCAUAAUGGCCUUUACAAGGUCUUCUUUACCUUGCUUUGGCCAGGAGAGGUCAAAGUUUCUGUGUCACUUGUCCAUCCGAGCGAAGCAAUCCAAGUCCUCAUGCGCUUACGAGAGGAAAGGCCGGACAGAGUCUAUUUCAAAAGCUCAUUCAAGUCUGGGAGGUAUUCAGAAACUACAGAGUGCAACGUUUGCUUGCCUGGAGGUCUCCCAGUCUGUAACUUCACAGAUCUCUACACGGGUGAGCCGUGGUUCUGUUACAAGCCUCGAAAACUGUCCUGUGCCAGCCGAAUCAGCCAUGCCAAAGGUGGAUAUCUGAAAGGUCUUCUGACACGAGAGGAAAGCCUCUUUUUCCAAAGUGAUGUGAAUAUCAAAAGGCCGAUACCCUCCAGUGGACCCGAUUCAGUCAUUGUAAAGCCCAAGGCAUUUACAGAUUUAAGCAGUAUGGACAGAGCUGAAGAUCCCACAGCUUCCCCUUCUGGCUAUUAUUAUGAAGACCAGUGGAGGUCCAGAACACAUUGGAUCCAUAAUUUCAAUAAAUCAGAUGAUAUAACUGAGUGCUUACAAGGAAAAGUAAUCCACUUGUUUGGAGACUCUACAAUAAGGCAGUGGUUUGAAUAUUUGACAGCAUUUGUUCCAGAUCUAGUGGAAUUCAACCUGGGGAGCCCGAAGAACGUGGGCCCUUUCAUGUCUGUGGACCUGAAGCACAACAUCCUGCUGAAGUUCCGCUGCCACGGGCCGCCCAUCCGCUUCUCGACGGUGUUCAGCAGCGAGCUGCGCUACAUCGCCAACGAGCUCAACAGCAUCGUGGGGGGCAGGAACACCGUCAUAGCCAUAACCAUAUGGUCCCACUUCAGCACCUUCCCCGUGGAAGUGUACAUCCGGCGGCUCAGGAACAUCCGCAGAGCCGUCGUUCAGCUGCUGGACCGCAGCCCCAAGACUUCAAUCGUCAUCAGAACCGCUAAUGUUCAGGAGCUUGGGCCAGAAGUGAGCCUCUUCAACAGUGACUGGUAUUCCUUUCAGCUUGAUUCUGUCAUGAGGAGAAUGUUCUCAGGAAUUGCUGUGCACUUUGUGGAUGCUUGGGAGAUGUCUGUGGCUCAUUACUUGCCACAUAAUCUGCACCCUAAUGAAAUAAUUGUUAAGAAUCAAAUAGAUGCAUUUUUAUCUUAUGUGUGCCCUCUGCAAACUUAGCACAAAUGGGUAUCCCUGUGUCGUCUUUAGCUAUAGCCAAAGUACACUUGCUCUUUUGAGCUGUGGAAUGGGGCUGGAUGAUAUGGAGGAGCUCUGGGUACUGUACUUGCAUGCAGGAUAAGUUGGGUGGCCUUAAGUCUGGGUAGCUGUGAAGGGUGGUAAAGAGGAGUUGACUCUUCAGGCCAUGUCUUCCUGCGAGGUUGAUUCCUUCAAGUUUAUCAUUCAUACCUGAGAUUAUUAGAGAGCACCUUAAAUUAAAUUGGCAGGAUUCAAUAAGAAAUUGUUUGGGUUACUAGCUUUAUUAGUUGUCUGCACUGUAUGCCUAAUUUAAUCCACGUGACACUGAUUCUGUUGCCAGGGUCGUGUUUCUCAGAACAGUGUGUGAAACCUGCGAAGGAUUUUGGGAAUGGUCUUUCAGCAUUGCAGAGCUUAAGGGAUAUCUCCUCCGAUUGUGUGUCAGAGAAGCAGAGUGUCCUUGUUUGUGUCCUUGUUUCAAAGUCCUAAUUAGAAACAUGAAGGGAGUGUACCGAAGUCACAAAUAAGGAAGCACAAUCACAAUAUCUGUAGAAUUAAGUCAUGAAGAAUUUGCUGAAAUUUAAUCAAGCACACUAAUUAGGCACCUUUGUUGUUUACAGAUGGCUGCUAAACAGUGCAAAUAGCCAGUGUUUUAGUUUGGUUUCCUGUACUACUGAAUUUCUUUUGAGCUUUGAUACACUGUCUACUUUUUGAUUUGUAGUGAGGAUAUGUGUGUUUUAUGACCUCAGUGAAAACACUGUCUCAGGCAGUUUCUGCAAGUUCGAGUUGCAGGCUGGCCUACUUGAAGCUUAAAGCAUUUGCCAGUGAAAGUGUUUCAUUUGCCAAUGUCAGUGUUUCCAUUCCCUGCCAGUUACAGCUGUUCCCCUAUGGUCCUGUGAAGCCGGGCUGCCCAGAGUGUCUCUGGUACAUCCUUCAUACGCCCUGUCUGCAUGGGGAGCCCCAGUGACCCCAGGGCCCCUGGUGUGCUUUGGCAGUGAUGGUCAAGGCCAUGCAAUGGCUCCUCUUCAGGGUCUGGCAGUUCUGCCAUUUCUUCAUCAGCUUCACUGCUGCCAGUACAAAAGGUGGAAUACCCUGCCCCAAAAGCCAAGUGCACCCAGGGUUGCUUUUAUUUAUCUGCUUGGCACAGACCCAGGUUUGCUGGGCUGGCAGCUGGUGGCUCUCCAGCCUCCUGGCCUGGCAUUUCCUGCUGCUUAUUUGAUUGAGCCUGUCUACAGUUUUAACUAGAAGCACUUUGAAAACAGUUUUUUAUUAAACUCAACUCCCAAAUUAAACAGCAGAGAAGUGUUCCAUGCUUAGUUUUGGUCCCACUCAGGCCAGUUUCUUCACUGGCUUGUGUCAAAACCAAAUUGAAUCUUUGUGAGCAAACUGAGAAGAUUAAUAAGGCAAAUUGGCAGGUUGCAAAGAGUGAAAUAAUCAAAAUGUCUUUAUGUUAGAAAAGUUUUACCCUUUGUGAGGUUUGCUGCUCUCCUAAGGAGGUUUGUGCUCUUAUUGCCAGGGCCCUAAGAGAGCCAACGCAACCAGCUUCAGCAACAGUGUUUCUUAUUGUGCUCAUUUUAAAGGGCAACUGAGAAGUGGUUAAAAAACAAAUAUAAAUGAUUUUAGCAUGUCAAAGUCAUCAGUAUUAUCCGUCUAUAAAGUUACCGAUUUUAAAAUGUUUAAGCAUGUCUGGAGGAAUUGUGUACACUGAAAUAGCACCUAUUCUUAGCUUUUCAAAUCAACAAUUAAGAGAUCCAAUUUGCUGGUUCCUACUGACAACUGCCUCACACAGCAUCUGCCCAUACAUUAGCAUUAGGUAACUAUUUCUUACUUUAAUAUGGUAAUGGUAAUUUAUCCUCUGCUAAAAAGAGGCCACACCAAUUCAGGUCUGGGAAAAUAAACUACCACAAUGGAAAAUUACCUUUCAUCUUUUCCAGGUAUGAUUUUUAAAAUAGGUAAAGACUUUCAUCCUGAAUAACAACUCUAUCCUAAUAAUGCUCAUGGAAAUAGGACUUUAGACUUGCUUUGAAGGAAACUACUUAAUUUGUGGACUGACCAUUAGGUUUAACUCAUAAAGCCAUAUUGUGUGUGAAAAUGUUGUGGCUGCAUGUGUCUUCUCUGGGUGUUGUAGUACUUGCUACUGCUCCUCAACAGCAGCUUUAUAUCACUGUUAGCUACCAAGCACAGAGAGAGAAGACAAUAUUCUUUUGAAUGCUACCAAGCACAGAGAGAGAAGACAAUAUUCUUUUGAAUGCUACCAAGCACAGAGAGAGAAGACAGUAUUCUUUUGAAUGCUUUGACAGUUGAGGGAAAGAGAACAGGGCUGUUAUGAACAAAGGUGUCUGAUUGCCUUCUGGUAGACCUUCAUCCUUUAGGUUAAUUAGAUUAAUUUUUUAGUAACAGAUGAACUAACUUAUCAGUAAUGAACUUCAGGGAGAUAGCCAGUUGGUUUAGAAUGAGGAUGAAGAUUUUAUUUCUUUGGGCUCUAAAACAGACAGGGAAGAGAAAUGAAGAAACUGAGGAUUUACUCGUGUUUGGGGACACUGUGCUUUUAGAUGUUAUUCAGGUGAUCUAUGAAUGAUUUUUCAUUUCUAUUCUCAUCUUGUUACCAUCACACCAGUUGUGUAUGUAUGGGAUAUGCAAACACAGAAGCAAUAAAAUAUUUUUAAAUCAAUUUCUUUAAAGUUUAAAGUGGAUUUUAAUAGGGACUUAGGUUAAGAUGUUGGUUAUUUUUGAAGUUACUUGAUCUGAAACGCGACUGGAAAGGAAUUUUUCAGCAUCUGUUAAGUAUCUUCCUUGACACAUAAAAAAACUAAUUCACAAGGUUUUUCAAAACCCUGUUGUCCUUUUCUUUCCAUUUUCUUCCUUUGAAAGGAAGAAAUUGUGUUAUUUUUGAUAUUUUCAUUGUUGUACUGAUCAUUUUGAUUAUUAUUAAUCUUUCAGUAGAUACUUUUUCUUUUUAAAUUUCUUCAUUUUAAAUCCAGCUGUCUCAAAUUCCAGUGAAAGAAUCUAUUUUUGUGUUUGUUAGAAGAUUUCAGAGUAAUUUAUUUAUAAAAUAAGUAAACUCCAUUUUAUAUUUAUUAGUGUUGCAUCGUAUUAUUUCGAGAGUCUUGUCUCAUGUGUAUCUUCUUAGGCUGAUUUCUUUCUUCUAGAAAUUUAGUAAAAAUGUGAGUUGAAUUGUUGAUGAGGAGGGAGGACAAAAAGCAGAAGUUUCCCUUUUUUCAAGUUUUCAGUUGCUUCUAAUUUCAUCUGCAAUGCAGCACUACUUCAUGAGAUUUAAAUCACCAUUUUUCAUUGUUCUACUUGUUAGAGGUAACCAAUUAAAAAUGGAAACUUUGCUUACCACAAGUGUCUGUGCAACUUUUUAGGCACUACAGGUGACAAUUUCAUGUGUACAUGACAAAAACGAAGGUUUGAAAUUGCCUUCUAGAAGGGUGGGGGAUACUGGGGUUUUGUUUUGGUUUUGUUGCAGAAGUGUGAGGUAAAACAUUCUUCCAUUCAUGACAGUUUAAGUAACAGCAAAAAACUUCAAUCACAAACAUGUUUUUCAUUUAUAAAGCACUUACUAAAGUCCAGAUCAUUUAAUACAUGUUUGGACUGUUUGGAAGGCUCUUACUCUCUGUUGGGAGCAGUGAAAACUCUGUAUGUUGGAGAAAGAACUUGUUUUUUUCUAAUGUAUAUAUGUUAUUGUAAUGCUUACAAUAUGCAGAAGGCUCUACUGUCUUAUUUCCUGAUGUGAUCAGAAAAACAAUUUAAAUAGCCAAAAAACUCAGAGAAUGAAAACUUCCUAAUAAAGAGGGCAAGUUUACUUGAACCAUU